AUGCCGGAGCAACCAACCCCACAGUGCGUGCGGCGGCUGCAAAAGGAGCUUUAUGCCUUGAAGAAGGAACCAAAACCCUUCUGUCUCACCACUCCUUCAUCGAGGAGCAUCUUACUAUGGUACUUCAUUCUAAGUGGCCCAGCAGAUACGCCCUACGAGGGUGGUCGAUACUUUGGAAAGCUGGUUUUCCCUCCCAAUUAUCCACUUAAACCGCCUGAUAUUUUUUUUCUAACGCCCAACGGACGUUUCAAGACGGACACAAGCAUUUGCCUCAGUAUGAGUAGCUACCAUCCGGAGGAAUGGAGUCCUUUGUGGGGAGUGGGCACGAUUCUAACCGGUUUGCUUUCCUUUAUGAUUGAAGAUGAGCCAACCACAGGGGGAGUGGUUUGCAGCCUGGAGAAGCGAAAGAGGUAUGCUCGCGAAAGUUGCCGCUAUAAUGUGGAGCAAAUGUCAAUCUACAAGGAUGUGUUCCCUGAAGAGUACCAAAAGGACUUGGACUCACUGAAGCAACUGGAGGAGAAUGGGGGUGAUGGCCGUCUCUCCGGCAUCAAUGCGGGCGCGAGUGGCAACCGUGUUGAGGUUGAAUGUGGAGAGAAAAUAGCACAAGAUGGUGGUGCGCAGUGGUUUGGGCUGACCGCAGCUCUUCUGACGCUCCUUGCAAUGGCAUUGGGUGUUUUCCUUUCGAGACGCUGA